AUGUGGUUGCACUGCGGUGUAUGCUGCGGUCUGCGGCCUCAUUUCAAUUGGGUGAUCGGCACGUGCGAGGAGACGCAGGGCACCGGCCAAUUUUGUUGGAACCUGCCAGAUUGCGUGCUCAACGGCUCCCCCAAGAUCAACUAUGUGGCCGCUUACCAAUUUGACGGUGAGGAAUUUGUGCUGCUGGACGAUUCCACUGCAGGGGAACUCAACUUCGCAGGCGUGCACGGCAACUUUUGGAGGGGCAGAGGUUUCACUGCACACAAUGCAUCGUUCCGAUGGCGUGGCGGUGAUUGGACAACAAAGUAUGCGCCUUGGGCGCGGGGAGUUGGGAGCGCUGGCCCACGCGGCGUAACGCCACCUGCUGGGCUGUGGAUAUUGAGCGCCGAGAAUUUUUAUUACGGUGCCUUCUACAUGCUUUCGCAGCUGGGGUUGAACCUCGAGGGACAAGGACAGCCCACCGGCACGAAUUGCUGGAUGUGGGAGCUCGAUCCCGUGGAGGCUUGA